CGCAGAGAGGGUGCGGGAGAGUUGGCACGACUUGCUAGGUGCGAACCUGUAAUCGGGAUUCUGGGCUGGGGCAUCCUGACCAGCGUGGGCAGCCCAGCAAUCCGCGCCCGGAAAUGGGGUUCAGGAAGCAGAAUGGGACCUGGGAAUAACGAGGCGUCGGAGUCAUCCGCUUGCAAGGCAAAGGUGUCUCCGCAACCAUGGAUGAUACAAGAACUUUACUUGACAUUAAAGAGUACCCCGAUACCGAGGUACAGAAAGACCGAGUAUUGACUCUGGAAGAAUGGCAAGAAAAGUGGGUGAGCCGUAAAAUUAGAUUCCAUCAAGAGCAAGGACAUCGGCUCUUAAAGAAGCAUUUGGAUACUUUCCUUAAGGGCGAGAAUGGACUGAGAGUAUUUUUUCCUCUUUGUGGAAAAGCAGUUGAGAUGAAGUGGUUUGCAGACCUAGGACACAGUGUCGUAGGUGUGGAAAUCAGUGAACUUGGGAUACAGGAAUUUUUUACAGAGCAGAAUCUUUCUUACUCAGAAGAACCCAUCAUGGAAAUUCCUGGAGCCAAAGUUUUCAAGAGCUCUAAAGGGAACAUUUCGUUGUACUGUUGCAACCUUUUUGAUCUUCCCAGAGCCAAUAUUGGCAAAUUCGACCGGAUCUGGGACAGAGGAGCUUUAGUUGCUAUUAACCCAGGCGAUCGUGAACGCUAUGCAGAUAUAAUGCUGUCCCUAACUCGAAAAGGGUUUCAGUACCUCUUGGCUGUUCUUUCUUACGAUCCCACUAAACACGCAGGCCCACCAUUUUACGUUCCAGAUGCUGAAAUUAAAAAAUUAUUGGGUUCAGUAUGCAACAUUCAUUGCCUUGAGAAGACUGAUGUUUUUGAAGAACAACAUAAAAGUUGGGGGAUUGACUACAUUGUUGAAAAGUUAUAUCUGUGUACGGAAAAGUAAAUGAGACAAGUAAAAACAAGUAAUAACAUGUUUUUGGGCAAUUGACAAGUUACGCUAAGGCAUGAAAAUACCCUGGAUGGCUCUUGGAAAAAAAUUGUUUACAAGUCACAUUACAGAUCUUUGUUCACAAAUGUGUAUAACUUUAUAGAAAAGAACAUAACUAGAUUGGUAAAGUAGCUACCUUGAGAAAGUGUAAAAUAAUAAACCUGUUUUACUUACAGAUUGCAAGAAUCUUUUACAACCAGCAUGUAUUGUAUAAUUUUAAAAAUUAAAGGGGCUCCCAGCUGUCUCAGUUGGUGGAGCAUGCGAAUCUUGACCUCAGGGUCAUGAGUUCGAGCCCCACGUUGGGUGUGGAGAUUACUUUAAAAUCUUUUUAA